UGGAAAGUGAAUUGAAUUUUUCUUUUGUUUUGGAUAUUUAUUUUCCUCCCUCACUCUCACCAUAAUCAUAACUGUUGAGUGUACCUGUACGGAAGACCGGCUUAUUAGCUCACCACUUUUUGUAUAUUUGACAUUAAAUAAACAAAUGUGUUAAAAGACAACAACGAAACUCGCGAGACUUUUACUUGAAUGAGUCAUUUAGCCCUUCGUUUGCUGGAAUUUUGUUUUAUUUGUUGAAAGUGAAAUUGACAAAAAAGAAUUGUGCCUUUCGUAAUGAAAUUAACUUAAAGUUCCUUAAACACCCAAGUGCUUGAAAUAUUUAACUUACUUCUCAUAGCAAUUGAAAAAGAAAAAAGAAAACAAAAUGGAUAAAGAAGACUCGUGUGUUGAGACUCCAGCAGCACCUGAAUGGCUAUCCAAAUUGGAAAGCCGCAGGGAGAAGCUUGUUCGUGGGAAGCUCGGUCAUGAAGCAGGAGCUGGAGCUCCAUGUAAUGAUUGUGGCGACAAAUGUCCAGGACUUGACCUGCACUUUUGGCGCAAAGUUUGUCGAAAUUGCAAGUGCCGCAAAGAUCUGCACAUGUGCCCAGAUGAUGAUCUUUCUGGCUGGGCCCAGUUUGAGAUUCUCGGCCAGAUAAGAUCGAAACCAGCAUUUAUGAAAAUCAAAGCUCUAGCCAAUCAACCUGUUCAACUAGAUUGGGUUCCUCCGAAUACAACACCAGACGUCGUUUCAGACUACAUGGACAAAUUAGGUACUACGCAAAUCCCUGUUGCUGGUAGUGAUGCAGCAGCCAAACGCAAACAACAACUUGAAUUCCAAGUUCCACCUCACGACUUGGAUGCGGCCUUAUGUGACAAUCUAACAGAAUCGGAAACAAAUCAACUGCAGCAUUAUGUUCAGAAAAUUCGAGAGAAUUGUGUCGGCCAAGGAAAUGUUGUAAGAGUGGGCAAUGUUAUGCAUGGUAAAUUAGGCCAUGUUGCAGGUGUUGUUCAGGAAGAUGUACCACUUAGUGCUCAGCAGAUAAAGGCAAUCGAGAUGCUACACGAACUUCCAUCAGCGAUCACCGCUGAUCCAAUUCUGGUGGAUAUUUUGAAAUCCGAGAUACUCACUUCGGCUCUUGUUAGUGAGGUGGCUUGUGCUUAUCCAAAAACAUUUGUGGCAUUUUCUGAACCUCUGAGUCAGGACGAAAUGGAAAGCGCUCCAGUUGGAAUUCGUCAAAAGGUACGUGAGCUGAACAAAGCUGCCAUCAUUAGUUUGGUGGAGAAUGGGCCAAUCUACGAUAAGAUUCUGAACAACCUGAAACAAAAGAACUUGGAUGUUACUAGGGAUCUAGUUCUGGGACCAAUUGCAGACUUCAGAAAAGAGUACGUGGCAAGUCCACAGUUUCAACAUCAAGUAAACUCUUUCGUCGAAUCUUUCAAUCCUUCCCAACCACAAUUUUGUACUCCCAUUAAGACUCGCCAUGACCCAGCUGACGCCUUCAUCUCACCAUUGCCUGUUAAAAAACCUAUACAAACAAAAAUUGGUGCCCUCAUGAAACAAGAUACGCCAAUGCGGAAAGUCAAGUUCGGAGGAGUUAGUGUUAUCUAUGAUUUAGGACUUCCAAUCGAUGCUGAGUACGAGAAAGAUCAAGUCUUUGCCAAAGUGGUGAAUUCAGAACAACUGAAGAAUGCCCUCCAGAUGAAUCCGAGUCACUGGAGAGGUAAGCAAGUAGCGAUUUCACUCUCUCCACUGCCUCCAGACUUUGAAGAUGAACCAGAACUAAGCGACGAUACAAAAGAGAAGCUCAAAGAACUUGGUUUGAAUAUUAAUGCUUUACAAAGUGGAAUCGUAAAUGGACCUUAUUAUGAUAAACUCUUUGAGGCUCUCAAAGAAAAAGGAGUCGAAUAUGCCAACUGUAAGAUUUUAGCUCCGAUUGAAGGCCUCCGGGAGGAGCUUUUGAUUAAUAAACCUUUCAGUGAUGAAGUCGUAAGGUUCGUAGAACACAUUCCAAACAGUGCAAAUAUUGCCUACUCCGAAAAUGCACCACGCAUUGGUGUGCCUGGAUCACGAAGCUGUGAUUCUGGGUUUGGAUCGAAACCAUCAACCCCAAAUUAUGCCACGCAUCCUGAUUUAAAUGCUGUAGACCAAGAUCAUUCGUUGUUUGGAAUGAACGCUAGUUCUGGCAGAUUCGCCUCUAUCCCAGGCAUCGAAGAGAUGAAUAUGUAUCCGGAUGUUCAACCAAGUGCAGGAUUUCCUUCGCUUAAUAAAUCAUUCGAUAAUCUUACUCUCGGUCCCACACCACAUGCUUCACCUUCAUCGCUUCCAGUGCCGAUUUUAUCGUGUCGAGAUUGUGAAACUGCAAUUAUGAGUGGGGAAGUUGCUGUAAAAGCCGAACGAGCUGGAAAAGAAAUCGCUUGGCAUCCUGAGUGCUUUAAAUGUCAUGAGUGCCGCGAGUUGUUGGCUGAUCUGGUGUAUUUCUUUCAUGGCGGCAAUGUCUACUGUGGUCGAGAUCUGGCAAUCAUUCUCAAAAUUCCACGCUGCAAAGCCUGCGACGAACUUAUAUUUACAAAGGAGUACACGGCUGCCGAAGGUGCUACAUUCCACAUAAAACAUUUCUGUUGCUAUCAAUGCGACACUCCACUAGCUGGACAACAAUACAUUCCGGAUGAGAAGACCAAUAUGCCGCUGUGCCUUAAGUGCUACGAUACAUUCUUUGCUGAGGCUUGUCAGUAUUGCAAACAGCCCAUAGGACCUUCAGAUCAAGGUGUUGCUUGGGGAACCGUUCACUGGCAUGGAUCAUGCUUCAUUUGUGCUGGCGUUGGCUGUGCCAAGUCACUAAUUGGUGGAAGAUUUUGCGUUAAGAACAACAUGCCUUUUUGCAGUCCCGCUUGCGUCAAAAGUGUUGUGAAUUGAUCAAUUUUCGCUUAUUUUAACCUCUGAGUGCUUUGCUUUUAGAAUAAGAAAUUAGUAUUAGAACUAAGAAAUAGGAUUCCCAGUAUUUAAAAAAGAAAGUAUUCAUAUUAAUAACAAUUCAUAUGUGUCAAAUUAAGGACGACUAUUGUCGAUUAUAUUGCAGCUGUUUUUAAAAAUAUAUACUUACAUUUUUGCAUUGUGCCUAAAGUUUAUAAGUAGAAAAUCAAAAAAUAUGAACGCCAUUUCAUAUAAACUCGAAAAAAAACUUGAAUACAAAUAUAUUUUUAAAUAAAAUAA